AUGGCUUCUAGAUACCACUCAGCUCCUGUCGAUGUCGCCCCGCUGGGCAAGCCAUUACAAUUCACAAUUAGCAAACGCACGGCACCCAACCGGUUCUACAAAGCCGCCAUGACCGAGCGGAUGUCCUCCUGGUCACCCACCGAUCUCAAGACACGCGGUAUCCCCAGCCGGGAGUUGAUCAACCUCUACAAGCGAUGGGGUGAAGGCGGUUACGGACUCAUCUCUACUGGUAACAUCAUGCUCGCUUACGACCAGCUGGAAGCCCCCGGCAACCCCAUCAUCGACCUGGAAAAUCCCUUCCACGGGGAACGCUUCGACGCCUUCCGCGAGCUGGCCUCGCAAGCCAAGAAACACGGCAGCCUGGUCAUCGGCCAGGAAAGACUGCAGGCCAACCCUGUCUCCGCCAGCGAUGUUCAACUCGACAAGGAGAUCAUGGGGAUGCGGUUCGCGAAGCCGCACGCUGCGUCCAAGGACGAGAUCCAGGACUUCAUUCGGCAGUGGACGCAUGCCGCCGUGUACCUGCACAAGGCUGGCUAUGAUGGUAUCCAGCUGCACGGCGCGCAUGGGUAUCUCCUCGCACAGUUCCUGUCGCAGACGACGAAUCGCCGCACCGAUGAGUAUGGCGGGAGUCUGGAGAACCGCGCGCGGCUGAUUGUGGAGAUCGCGCAGUCUAUUCGGAAGGAGCUACCAGCGUCGACUGGUUUCAUCUUGGGCAUCAAGAUCAACUCGGUUGAGUUUCAGGCUGGAGGUAUCACCGCGGAAGAAGCGCGUGAGCUGUCCCAGAUUUUGAAGAAGAAUGAGUUUGAUUUUGUUGAGUUGUCAGGAGGCACGUAUGAGUCUCUUGCGUUCAGCCACAAGAGGGAGUCUACGAAGCAGCGGGAGUCGUUCUUUUUGGAUUUCGCGUCCCUAAUUACGCCAGUUCUGAGCAAGACGAAGAGCUACGUGACCGGUGGCUUGCGUACGGCGUCCGGUAUGGUAGGCGCUUUGGAGACAGUGGACGGGGUUGGACUCGCGCGACCUGCGUGCCAGGAAAUUCGUUUGCCACGCGACAUCCUGGAUGGAAAAGUGACCGCAGCCACCAACCCAAAGAUUGACCAGCAGGAUUUCGGAGUCACCAGCGUUGCGGCGGGUACACAAAUGAAGCAAGUGGGCAAGGAUGAGCAGCCGAUCGACUUGAGCGAUGAGAAGAACGUGGAAAUGUUCAUGAAGCACCUAGCUGAAUGGAGCCAGAAGAUGCAGCAGGACGCGGCUAUCAUGAACCUGUACGGCUAUGUCGAUCUACCCAAGGGUGAAGCAUAUAGAGGAUAG